UUUACUCUUCACAUCAAAGUGUUUUUUUUUACGCUUAUAUUGUGCCAUCUUGGUUGUUUUGCUUGGUGAAUUGUUUGUAGUGAAUUUGGGUUGUUGUUGGUUAUAUUUGUGGGUGUUGGCACUAAAUACACUUUUCUACAUUGUUAAUUGUUUGUAUACUUCUCUUAUAAAGACUUGGCCAAAUUUCAGGUUCGAACUCUAAGUAGUGGAAAAUGGCUUCUUCCGAGUCUAAUAAAAAAUCCAAUGUCCUUGAAAGCAACCAAGAUUUAAUCAGUAGUCUUCCAACUGAUCUGAUAGACGAGAUCCUUAAACGUUUACCUGUGUCCAUGGUAGCUAAGACGAGUGCGCUAUCAAGAAAAUGGAGGCGUAAUUGGUUGUCCCUUAAGUACUUUGUCUUUGAUAAAUCUUUCUGGGAAGAACAUAAAUCAAACACAAAUUUUGACUGGAAACGUAUCAAUGAAAUCAUUGGUAGUAUAUUGCUGUAUCACAAUGAUCCUGUUCAUGAGUUCUAUCUUCAUGUUCCAAACGAUCUUGAUCAUGAAUUUUACCUUAAUAUAAGUCAGUGGCUAUCUUUUCUCUCAAGAGCCGCGAUUAAAAAGAUCAGUCUUGUGAAUUUGGCUAAAGCUGAUAGCCUACCUGUUAUGCCUUCUCAUAUUUUCGCCUGCAAUGAGCUGGUUCAUUUGAAGAUUGUUAAUUAUGCACUGAAUCUGAAUGCUCCAAGUGACUGUAUAGGUUUUGCUUAUCUUCGGAAUCUUGAGCUACUGUCUGUUGAAUUUAAACAUGAUGUUUUCAGAAGUUUGAUCACAAGCUGUCCACGACUCACUCAUUUAAGGCUUAAAGAUUGCAUUGGAAUUACUAAUCUGGUUUUUGAUCAUGUACCGAUCCUUAAAAUUUUAAGUAUUCAAGGUUCUUUUGCAUCACUGGCUUUCAGAAAUACAUUCCAUCUUAAGCGCAUUUCACUAUCUUUGUCCCCAAUGGAAAACACUACUUACUUAGAAACUGUCAGCGCGAUUCUGGCUCUUGCAUUGCCGCCUGUUGAGCUUCAAUUCCUUCGAUUUGAUGGCCUCCUCUGUAAGGUUACUCCGAGUAAAAACGUUCUUCAGCACAAAUUUGACUACAACAACAAUUUUAAGCUUAGACACCUCCUGAAGGCAAAAAUUACAGGUAUUACUGGCUCAAGUUUGGAGCUCAAAUUGGUUGAAUAUAUUGCUGGUAUCUCAGUUAAGCUGAAAAAAUUUAUGUUUAAGUGUGCUAAACUUGACCCGAGCUCAGAGCUAAAGGUGUUGCGAGAGCUAUUGCAGUUGCCAAGAGCAUCGAAAAGGGCUAAACUUGUUUGCCUAGCGCAAUAAAAGAUAUAGGCUGUUAUUAUGUAUAGUUAUGUUCUUGCAAUUUCCUCAAAGGAUCAAGAGCUUUGUUUUGCUAUAUGAAAUGUUAAGUAUAUCAAUGCAAUGUAUAAAAUGUUUGGGGAAUAUUUUAAGAAUUGAAGACUGGUGAAAUUUUGCUGAAGAAAAUAUUGUACUGAAUUCAUAUUUUACCCCAAACUUAUGUCUUACAUUCAAAAACAAAUACUCUCCCUGUCUCCCAUGCUAAGGCAAUAUGCCCCAAACUAAUUAAAAUAGAUACAGAAGAAAGAUAUAAAUCAAUUACUAUUGAUUAUUGAAUCAAUCUUUGUUCAAAAAAAAAAAA